AUGGGGCUCCCGCUGCCCCGCGGCGCGAGGCUCGCCGUGCUCCUCAUGGCGCUCGUGCCCGCCGUCGUGCCCGAGGAGACGGCGCCGUCGGCGGCGCCGACGGAGCUGCCGGACAACGCGACGGCGGCGCCGACGCUGGCGCCGACGCUGACGCCCUACCCGACGCCCGUGAGCCUGGCGCCGACGACGUGGAAGGACUGGUUCCGGAACCACAGGCCGACGCGGUCGCCGACGGUGUCGCCCGCGCCGUCGCUGCUGCCGAGCCCGCUGCCGACGCCCAUGCCGAGCGUGCUGCCGUCGCCCGCGCCGACGAUGGCGCCCGUGCACACGCACGCCGCGCGCAACGAGAGCGACCUGCGGGACAUCAUCGCGAACGACCACGACGUCGACAUCGUCGAGGACAUCUUCCUCGAGAAUACGGUCAUUACCGUCGACUACGGCGGCCAGAUCGGCUCGACGGACGGCGUCAAGCUCAGCGGCAACGGCACGGUGCAGAUCCUCGUCGUCACGGGCACGGGCGGCCGCGUCGAGGAGGACCGGCGGCGCCUCGAGGAGGACGGCGAGCUGCCCUACGCGUCGGCGCCGACGUCGGAGCUCACGCUCUACAACCUCGAGCUCGAGGGCGGCUACGGCGAGGGCCGGGGCUGGAAAAGAGCGCGACAUUCCCAAGGCUCCUAUCUCGGCCGCAAGGGCGGCGCGGUCCUCGUGCGGUGGCCCGCGGCUUUGGUCGUCACGGACUGCACGUUCACGGCCAACGCGGCGCCCUGGAACGCGACGGCGGGUUUGGACCACCUGCACUACUCGUCGGGCGGCGCCAUCUACGUCGACCGCACGACGGCGCUCGUCUACUACUCGCUCUUCCGCGAGAACACGGCCGCGGGCCACGGUGGCGCGAUCGCGCUCGUCGGCGACGGCCGCGACACGUCCUACCUGCGCGUCCAGAGCUGCAAGUUCAACGAGAACGAGGGCCGCCUGGCCUCGGCGAUCUACGUCUACCACGGCGACUCGUACUUCAAGUCGAACAAGGUCUACGAGGACCGGAUCCCGCAGACGUUCGCGCUCGGCUUCAACGCGACGGCCUACGGCUGCCACAACGACGAGCUGAACAUCACGGCGGGCGAGGAGGCCUUCGCCUACUGCGACGCGGACUCGAGCAGCGGCAUCAACGUCGUCGAGGCGCUCAUCGCGCUCAUCGCGAUCGUCGUCGGCUGCGUGCUCGGCGGCGCGCUCUGCUGGUUCAUCGCGCACCUCGUCUACGGGUACUGCGUCCUGGGCUGGAAGUGCCCGGACCUGGGCGCCAUCGGGGGCACGAUCUACUUCGACGAGCGGCGGGGCCAGUGCUUCUGCGGCGUCUUCUUCGUGACGACGUUCUCGUUCAUGUCGAUGAUCUUCGCGUACCUCGCGGGCCAGACGGACCCGGAGCUCGUGUCCGUCUUCGGCUUCGCGCGCCUCCAGUCGACGGACGCGCUGACCUACCUCGUCGUCGGGCUGAGCGGCUACGUCGUCGUCGCGGACGUCCUCGCGGACGACGACGCGGGCGUCGCGGACGACUCGCUCACGGGCACGAAGGACUACGUCGCCUUCGAGGUCGGCGAGGUCGACGACGACGCGGCGGGGUCGGCCUACGACUGGGUCAACGCCUGCGGCGACGCCGGGGCCCUGGCCCAGGGCGCCAUCUACCCCAUCGUCUUCGUCAAGUUCGUCGCGUGCUUCGUGCUCUACAAGCGCGUGGACACGGAGGCCGACUCCUGGGUCUGGAAGUUCGUGGGCAUCGGCGUCGAGCUGUAUUCGACGCUGCAGAUCCUGGGCAUGCUGCUGAACUUCUCGCUGAACUGCCUCAUGGAGCUGCCGACGGGCGAGUUCUACAUUCCCGUGGACGCGGACGACGCCGCGGCCGUCAACGUGCUCGACGACGCGGCGGCGGAGGCCUACGCCUACGCCGUCGACGACCCGGGCGAGUCCUACCCCGUCAACUUCAACACGCCCUACACGUCCUUCUUCUGCACCAUGCUCAGCGGCCUCGCGUCCAUGUUCGUCGCCUACGUCCACUUCCGCACGCCGACCUGGAACUCCGAGCUCUUCGAGCGCGACUGGUGA